UUAAUCCUCUGCCGCAGCAGCAGAUCAGCCGGUAACGCGAGGAGGGGGAUGCGCGGUCGGUCGCACGGACGGACGGCUAGAUCGGCUAAAAAAAGCCGCAGACAAUUAAAUCCGCGAACAAUCUUUAUAGCGUGCAAAAAGGCGACCGACGCGACCGAAAGCUCCUCCUCUCGCGCUCCAAGCAGGCUUUAGGAAGUUCUAGGACUCAGUGUCUUUCUUAUUGUUCCCGAGCAGGCCUGGGUGGACGUACGAGAGCUUUGACGCAAUUAAAUGGGUGAUUACGGCUUCGGCUUGAUACAGACAGCGAACACCAACACCGCCAUCAUCAGCGGACCCGCGCUCUUCGGCGGAGACGCGUUCACACCCUACCGCAGCGCGUCCCCCGUGCGCCCCAGCAGCUCGCCUCGGGUGUCCCCUCUCUUCCUGUCACAUCAGCGCAACAUGCAGGAUGAGCCUGCGGGGUUGACAGCCUCUCAGUCCAGUAGCGAGCAGAGCAGCCGUUUUUCCACCGCUGGUCACGCGCAGACAGCCAGUGACCUUCAGCACGACCGGAACAUACAUCAGCAGGCUGAUCCGCAGCCGCCGUACUCCACCUCCUCCUCAUCCUCCUCCUCCUCUUCGUCCAGCACGGGCCUGGACACCGAUGCGCCAUCGUCCAAGGUGAACAUCCAGAUGGAGUCCCCGAGCGCGCACCACAUUAACAACGGCACAGGCGCCAAUAACAUGCUCGCGGGCGCGUUCCCGGAGAUGCAGAACCCCGGGGGCGGCGGCGGCGGCUCGGCUUCCCCCACCCUGCCCGCUUUCGGUACGCCGUGGUCGGUGCAGACCAGCUCCCCUCCUCCGCCCGUCUCCAAUUCCGCGAACGCAAUAAAUCCGAUCCCCGCCACCACCGAGCCGGACACCUUCUACCCAGGCAUCCCCUCCUCCAUCAACCCCGGCUUCUUCCAGAGCUUCUCGGCCAACCCGUGCCCGGUGCAGGGCUUCAGCAGCCCGUUCUCCCCGCAGAUCAGCGUCCCCCCGCAGCCGCCGCAGAGCCGCCGGUCCCCGGUGAGCCCGCAGAUUCCCCCGCAGCAGCAGGGCGCCUUUCUGCAGCACAGGAACAACUACAACCACCACCAGCCCAUGAUGAAGCAGUCUCCGUGGGGCAGCCAUCAGGGCAGCGGCUGGAACUCUGGAGGCAUGUCCUGGGGCAGAGACCAUCGGCGCGGGGGUGGCAUGGGGAUGCCAGGCUCCAUCAACCAGAUCUCGCCCAUGAAGAAGCCCUUCUCCAGUAACGUCAUCGCUCCGCCCAAGUUCCCACGCUCCGCUGGCUCCCUGGGACCCAAAUCUUGGAUCGAGGAGAACAUGUUUCGCACCGACAACAACAGCAACACGCUGCUGCCCCUGCAGGAUCGCUCCAGGAUGUACGACAGCUUGAACAUGCACUCGCUGGAAAGCUCCCUGAUUGACAUCAUGAGGGCGGAGCAGGACCCGCUGAAGGGCCAUGUGGGAUGCCCACACCCAGGCGCUGACGGCCUACUCAUGCUCAAUGCCAGGAGCUAUGGCAGACGACGAGGACGUUCUUCACUCUUUCCCAUUGAUGACGGUUUACUGGACGAUGGGCAUGGGAAUCAGGGCGUCCCGGGUGUGUUGGGCUCUCCUCACUGUUACCCGCAUCAGAACGGCGAGCGCAUCGAGAGGUUUUCCAGGAAAGUGUUUGUGGGCGGCCUGCCUCCUGACAUCGACGAAGAUGAAAUCACAAGCAGUUUUCGGCGCUUUGGGCACCUGGUGGUUGAUUGGCCACACAAAGCAGAGAGCAAGUCUUACUUCCCCCCUAAAGGUUACGCUUUUCUCCUGUUCCAAGAGGAGACUUCAGUUCAGGCCCUGAUCGAAGCCUGUCUGGAGGAGGAUGGCAAACUCUACCUGUGUGUGUCCAGUCCCACUAUCAAAGACAAGCCUGUCCAGAUUCGCCCGUGGAACCUGAGUGACAGCGAUUUCGUGAUGGACGGAUCUCAGCCGCUGGACCCUCGUAAGACCAUCUUUGUAGGAGGAGUGCCACGUCCACUGAGAGCUGUGGAGCUGGCCAUGAUCAUGGACCGCUUGUAUGGUGGAGUGUGUUAUGCCGGGAUUGACACUGACCCAGAGCUGAAAUACCCAAAGGGGGCAGGGCGUGUGGCCUUCUCCAAUCAGCAGAGUUACAUCGCUGCCAUCAGCGCCCGAUUCGUCCAGCUGCAGCACGGAGACAUCGACAAACGGGUGGAGGUGAAGCCGUACGUGCUGGACGAUCAGCUGUGUGACGAAUGCCAGGGAGCGCGCUGUGGUGGAAAGUUUGCGCCGUUUUUUUGCGCCAACGUGACCUGCCUGCAGUAUUACUGUGAGUUCUGCUGGGCAAACAUCCACUCCCGCGCCGGCCGCGAGUUUCACAAGCCGCUGGUCAAAGAGGGAGCCGACCGACCGCGCCAGAUACACUUCCGCUGGAACUAAAGAUGCCGAUGAUAGACCAAGCAGAAAUAACACGUCUGUUGCGGGAUUAAAAAAAACAACAGAAAAAAAGAUGCUUAGUUUGGCCCCAAGCUGUCAGUAUAGAGUACAUAACCGUAUACAGUAUAUAGAGAAUAUAUAUGACUAUAAAUAUAUUAAUAUAUCUUUAUCUUUUGUAGCAGCCAGAAACACUACAAGCCUCAGUUUAUUUCACCAAACCACUUCUUUCUCCUCCCUCCCUGUACAUCUCAGGCUCGGAACAGAGUUUUUUUUUUUUGUGGUACGUUUGUUUUGUUUUUUUAAAGGAGAUUAAGAAAAAAAGAGAUUUUUUUGUAGUUUUUUCAAAUUAUUUUUAUAUGUGAGAUUUAUCGAGUAGAAUCGAGAAUGUUUUUCGCUUGGGGGGGCAGCCUGUGCGUUCUGUUCAUUCGUUCUGUGUGUCCGUCUGCUGCUAAAUCCCCCCCUAGUGGGCAAAGUGCGCAAUUGUCUCUGGAAAACCCUUGACGACGUAAUCUAAGAUGCCUGCCCUGGAUCUCGAACCAAAGGUAGCAAAAUGCGCGGCCUCAAAACGAGAUGCUUG